AUGACCUCUAUUCCAUCUCAAGCCUCUCGAAGGCGCUCCUCCCUAGAACAAACGGCCGAACCCCUCCCGCAAGGCCCCUCGUCGCAACCAGAAUCAAGUCCCGAAACCUUCAUUCUUAAUACUCAACCCGUCUCUUCAGAACCUACUUCCUCCGAUAUCCCAUUACACCAACCCCCCCAAACACCGACGCAAGAGCCCCGUCGCUGUUGGAUCUGCCAACAAGAUUCUACUGAAGAUCCCCCUGAUACAGAGUGGCGCAACCCAUGUCCUUGCUCCCUUACCGCACAUGAGCAAUGCCUCCUCGAAUGGAUCACAUCCGAAGAAGCCCCUAGACCUGGCGAAUUAGCUUCCACUCGCCAUAUCGUCUGUCCACAAUGUCAUACCGAGAUUCAGAUCGAGCGACCUAGAGAUUACCUAGUCCUGACCGUGGAGGGUAUACAACGAGUAGCAAAGGUGUUGAUAUUACCUACGGCACUCAGUUCUGUGUUUGCAUGUUUCUACUCGGGAUUCUUGAUGUAUGGAAUCAAUACAUUGCAAAUGGUGUUUGGACGUGACGAAGCAUAUCAGAUUAUAGCGUUGUGGGGAACGCGCGAUUUACAAGUUGCAAAUCAGAUACAACCGGACCAGAGUGGAUUAAGUUUGCAUACGGUAUCAAGGUUUUUGCGGAGGGUAUCGAUGAGCUUUGAUCCGUUUUUGCCAUCAGCAGAUUUCAUCCCGCACUGGAAACUCUUUGUUGGCCUUCCGUUAAUUGCCCCUUCACUCAUACUUUCGAGAACGAGACUUGCGGAACCAUUCUUUGCUACCAUCCCUGUUACUUACCUCAUCUUCCGUCCCUCCAGCUACAUCCGUCUUCAAGAAUGGCCCCCAUCGCCCGCAGCAACCAUCGCAAUCAUUCCUUACCUCCACGCCUUCUAUAACGAACUCUACCGAUAUACCUUUGGCGAUCUCGAAAGGAAGUGGGAUGCCGCAGUCCAACGCAGGCCUCGCGAUGGCGAAACCGCGGAAGAAAUAGCUCGACAACAGAAUGGAGGUGAUGGCGAUGAGCUCUUUGAUCUGGAAUUGGAGUUUAUCAAUGGUGAUCCAGAUAACAUGGACCCAAGGGAUGUCGAAAAUCAAAUACGCGCCAUUGCUGAUCGAAAUCAGGCAGCUGGUGGUGAGGUAGCAAACCCCCAGGAGCAAGAAGGUCCCUUAGCAGGAGGCGUCAAUCAACCCGAAUUACAACAAGGUCGGAACGGCAACAACCUCGGAUUCCGGCGCAAUAUUUCUGCAUCGGUCGUAGCCAGCACAGUCAUGGGCGCUUUAUUCUUCCCCACCAUUUCCUCGAUCAUGGGCGACCUGCUCAAAGUGACACUGCCAAAGGACUGGGUAACGAAAAAGAGCAUUGGGGCCGGUGCCAAGGGCCUGCUCCAGGAAAAGUGGGGAAGAAGUAUCGUAGGGGGUUGUCUCUUUGUGGUGUUGAAGGAUGCAUUGGUGCUCUAUUGCAAAUGGAAGAGGGCGAGGGACUUUGGAAAAAAGAGAGUUCUGGACUACGUAGGGAGGAGGAAUGGUCAGGCUAGUGCAUGA